AUGACCGAUAGUACUGCUGCUAGUCAGGUGGUCCUCCUCACCAAGCUGCCGGGAACCUCUGAGUCCCCGCCAUCACUGCCGAGCGGCACUGUGUCCCUGUUUGCGGACAAUAACUGGGCCAAUUCGAGACUCGAUUUGAACAUAGAUGAUUUCGGCCCUGGGAGUCGUCAGACUUUGAAAUCGUACAUGCUCGAUCAGGCCACUUAUGUCGCAUUCAACUUGCCCAUUGGCACGGUGAUGACCUUGAUGGAUAACAUCCAGCCAGUGCAGGACGGGAAGUCAGUCGCCGAUCUCAGCAAUUGUGGUCGAUGCGUCGACCUCGUCGGUACUGGAAACACAGAGUCCCUCAACCUUGAAUCCGUCAACAUGAACGAUUGUAUAUCUUCUUUCUUCUGGCGGACGGUCGAUCUGAACAUGGGUGCUAUCGAGAUGUUCGACGAUGUUGACUUCAAUGGUGGGCGUACGACAAUCUUUCUGAGUGAAUGGAACUCCGGACAGAUCUACCCGGUCAACAACUGGUGGCUGCAAGACAAGGUUUCCUCUAUCCGCUGGAAGUCCCUAAAUGACCGGCAAAAAGCUACAUUGUUCGACAACUCUGACGGCACAGGAAAUGAAUACGACAACAUCAAGGGCUGGGGCAAUAUCAAAGAAAUCGCCAAUCUAGGAGAUGACGCCACGUUCAAUGAUCAGAUGAGCUCGUUCCGCUGGGACGGUAUCACCCCAGAAAAAGAGAUCAUCGCACCGUUCAACAUCGUCUUGGGCAACGUGUCAUCCUCAUCUGGCCUGACAUCUGUCAUCUCGGGGACAAACAGCAGUUCGCUAGCGCAGCCCGUCACCGUGACACUCACCAACUCCGACGCCCAGACGCUGACCAUCACAACCUUGGACCAACAGGUGCAGGGUAUCACGUCGACGCAGACCUUGUCAGAAUCGGCAGGUGUCCCUGGCGAGGAUUCGGCCUCGACAACUUGGGCGAUAGCACUUAGUUAUACCUACACGCAGAGCACGACCAAGACGACCACCGAAACGACGACCAUUGCUCUGGCAAUCUCGCAGACUGUGAAUGCGCCGCCGGAAACUUCUUAUACGGCGACCUUGCUGGUUAACAUUGGCAAGAUACCUCCCAAGAUCUAUAAAACCACCGCUCAACGCUGGUAUAAAGUUGCAGUCACAGGGGGCAUGGUGGAUCCAUCGAAUAAUAAUUUGUACCUCCGGGUCGAACCGGUGUCGGUCUCUAUUACUGGCAGCCUUGCGAGUAGUACCACUGUCAAUAUUGUGUCAACGCCGUUGACCAAGUCCUGA